CCGGGAUGACCCGGACACGAACCUGGUACUCGGUUCUGUUCGAUUACGGGCUCCCAACUGACGGGUCCGAGCCAGCCCCAGACGACCCGGACACGAACCUGGUGCCGAGGCUCGUGGAGAAGGUCGGGCUGCCGAUCCUCCACCACGCGCUUGAGCACUGUUGGGACCCGCUGGACCGCGCCGUGACCAAUCGCGCGGCGACAGCUGUCGAGGAGGUGCUGGUGUACGUGGAGGCGGGGGCGCCAGCUGUGGUGGAAAUGGUGAAGGCGGUUGAGGGACGGAUGGAGGGGAGUGUUGCAGAAAUGAAGGUCCCAGCGUGGCCGCCCCCUGUGCUGGCUGCCUGCCCCUUCGCUGCUCGGUUCGCGGCUCAAAGAUUCGGACAGGCUUUGAGGCUCAUCCACAACAUGGGCAGAUUACGUGAGGUGGUGUCUCAGCCACUCCUGGACCGGCUCGUGCUGGGCUCGCUUCUGCCCAAUCAGCUGCUGCCACAUCUACGCGCCCUCACCCCGUCGCUGCACGACGCUGUACCCCGUACAGAGCGACUCGUUUGCGUGCUGUGCGACGGCAAGUGGGUGGGGACGGGCAGUGGAAGCGCCUUGCCACCCUCAGCGGAACCUAGGAACAGCCCCAGGUCCCCGCUGUCGCAGCUGGUGGCUUAUGUCGAAACGCUGGGUCGCUCUGUGGAGAGUCGGAGCAGAGUGGAGGGGCAGAGGGAGGAGUGCGUGGUGCUGGCGAGGAAACUCAAGCGAAUGCUGGUGCAGAUGGAGGAGAUGGACAAGGCGAGAGGUCUAGCCAAGGUGUUCGGAAUAAAGGAGGCAGUGUAGGUUCAGAGGAGGCAGUGCAU